UUAUCUACCCAAUCAAAGCACGAAAAAGUUCUCCUGCGGAAGAACGAUGUCAAGGAACGUCUGAUUGUAACCUGGAAUCGUAAUAUAAUAUUCUCGAUAUGGAUUUUCUGCUUGUGAGCAAAACGCGACUGCUUCUCCUAGCCGUGUUUGGAUUGGGUUUGGCGCAGGUGUUCGUUUUCGGGGAGGAGAGCAGCGAGUUCACUUUCCUUUUACAAGCCGGAAAAUCCGAUUGUUUCUUCCAGCGGGCAAUACAGAAUGGUACGAUGGAGGUCGAGUAUCAGGUGAUUGGAGGAGCCGGAAUGGAUGUGGAUUUCACCAUCCUCAAUCCAGAGGGCGCACCAUUGGUCGCAGAGACUCGUCGCUCUGAUGGAGUUCAUGUGGUGGAGCCCACAGUGGAGGGAGACUAUCAAGUCUGCUUUGAUAACAGCUUCAGCCACUUCUCGGAAAAGAUGGUGUUCUUCGAGCUUUAUGUAGAGGGGCAAGGAGGAGAUGUGGGCGGUGAUGAAGAAUGGGCUGGUUUAGAGGAGAUGGAUGAAAACAUGUUGCAGUACAAGUUGCAAGAUAUGAGAGAGUACAUGGACUCUGUACAAAAACGUCUUGAACGUAGUCGGCAGAUGCAAACGGUAUUAAGAGCUUUUGAGGCGCGGGACCGAAAUCUUCUAGAAGACAACCUGUGGAGAGUCUCGUUUUGGUCAUGUGCCAGUGUACUGGUGAUGCUGUGCGUGGCCCUCACCCAGGUCUACACUGUGCGUAAACUGUUUGACGAUAAGCGGAGGAUCUACACGUAGAACGAACUCUGCGAUGUGACAAGACAAGCUGGGUGCAGCUCACAAGCCUCGGCAAAUGGGUGGAGACAUUGUACAUAGCACCAGCUGUCGGCACCAAGUGAUGUGGUUCACUUACGCAAGCUUGUCGCGCACCAGUCUGUGCAAUAACAGUUCACAGUGAAGAACAGUUUCUACGUUGGUGGCCGUUUUUGUUUCCGUUAGUGCCUUUUUAAUGUGAAAUCUUACCACAAGCUGAUCCCCAAAAUACAUUUUAAAAGGUACUGCAGUAUAUUUUGUAGUUAAACAAUGGUGAGUGUUGCUGUAUGUUUUUUUUUCUAAAGGUGAAACGUCCAUAACUUGUAAAACCUGUCAGCUUUUCCAGUUUAUACGCGUUAAUAAUGUUUAUUAAAUUUGAUCUACAAGGUUUUUAUUCUAAAAUGUAAUGGUUAAAAAAAAUAUAAAUGUGUAUAUAUAUAUAUAUAUAUCUCCCGUAUUGGUCCGAAUAUAAGACGCCCCUGAUUAUAAGACGACCCCCUCUUUUUCAAGACUCAAGUUUGAAAAAAGACCUUUUGAACACCAAAUUAAUUUUAUACAGAAAAUAAUUACAUCUGAAACAAAUGAUGAUAAUAUAUUUGAGAGAAAAACCAUGUUAUUUUGCCUCAUUCAAAUCUUAAUAUCUGAACAUUUAAAUAUGUAAACUAAAGUGCAAUCACAUUCAUAAAUCAAUGGCUUCUGGUGUUUUAAAUGUAAAUUACAUCAUAACUUCUCCUCGGCCGCCAGUUAACCUGGCCGAUCUUUGACCCACUUUUUUCCAGAUUGUCUCCGUUUCUCCAUUUUCUGUUAUCGCUUCUAUUAUUUUCUUCUCUUUUCUUUCUUACCGCUCUUUAUUUUUCUUCUUCGUGCUACCGCUAUUUUUAUUUUUCUUCUUCGUGACGGGUUCAUUUUGGCGUGGGGAGUCAAGUCCAGCAUUCACUUCAAUGAUAUCUGGCGCCAUCUAGCGUCGUAAAUGGGUAUAAUGUCUCGACCCCGAAUAUAAGACGACUCCCACUUUUUCAGUCUUAUUUCAAUGCAAAAAACACCAUCUUAUAUUCGGACCAAUACGGUAUAUAAAUCUAUGUUUGGCUUCCAAAGAUGAAUUAGGAACAUAAUGGUAAUGUGCCUUUGUGCUGAAGGUCUCUGCCCUUUUUUUUUUUUUGCCCAUUGCAUCCAGUGGGUGGUACUGCCACAGUAAAUGCUCAAGGCAAAAUUUUCAUGGGAGCGUUUGCAUUGAUUUUAAUGUUUGUUGAAUUGUUGUGUUGAUGAGACAGACGUCUUCAAAAUAGAGUUGAACAAUAAAACCAUAAAAAAUUACAAAAAAAAUCUAUGAUUACAGCAAUUUGCUGUUCACAAAUAAACAUUUGUUUUUUAUUGCAA